GCAAUACGUCCCUGGCUGAGUACGGUUGAUUUUUCGCAGUUGGCAGCGAUUUGCACACGUAUUGACGGAUUUGGUUUUCAUAUGUUGGUAUUAUGGCGGUGUGAAUGACACGAAUGACGUUUGUAGUCGCGAAAACAAAAAUAAACAUGGAAGCUUGUUUAGCAGUGGAAAAGGAAGUAGACAGGGUGCUUUCAAAAUUCGGAGGGAUUAACGAACAUGUAAGAAGAGUCUUAUCCGACCUGGUUAACCAGAUACAGAGUUUAAAAGAAGAAUACCAAAAUGCCGGCGAGGACCAUGUGCUUACGAAUGUACAGAUGGAUAUCUUGAAACAGAACAUGGCAAAGGUAAAGGAGACUGUUUGCAAACUAGCAACGGACCACAGAGACCUACACAGUACUGUUUCAAAAGUGGGGAAAGCCAUAGAUAGAAACUUUGUCUCAGAUUUUGCAGCUACGAGUCGCGAGGAGGUCUUUUCUAAUCCCGAUAAGAUAAAUCUCAUAAACAAAGUUAUAUGCCAGCAUUAUUACCGACAGGGAAUGCACGAUGUGUCCGAGGAACUAGCAAAUGAGUGUGAUGUCACUCCAGAGCAUCACGAAAAGGAGCCUUUUACCGAACUAAACCACAUCCUAGACCGCCUUAAGAACAAAGACCUCGAACCCGCAUUAGCCUGGGCGACGGUUCACCACGCUGAAUUAGAGGGACAGAAUUCCUCGUUAGAAUUUAUGUUACAUCGUUUAAAAUUUAUAGAGCUUCUGCGUAAGGGAGCCACACACCAGACUGAUGCGAUAUGUUACGCUCGGACACACUUUAGCAAAUUUGUACAUAGACACGAGAAAGACAUUCAGACGUUGAUGGGAAUGCUACUGUACGUACCUAAUGGAAUAAACAGCUCCCCCUACAGCUGUUUGCUGGACUCCGAAAUGUGGAUCGAAAUUUAUGAACUGUUUAUCCGCGACGCUUGUCAAUUAUUAGGUGUUUGUGUAAAUAGUCCCCUAACCACAUGUAUUAACGCAGGAUGCACCGCCAUCCCCGCCCUGCUCAAUAUCAAACAAGUGAUGAUGCAGAGACAGGUCACGGGGAUUUGGAACGGAAAAGAUGAACUGCCGAUCGAGAUCGAUUUGGAUAGUGAGAACAGGUACCAUUCGAUGUUUGCUUGCCCGAUUUUGAGGCAGCAGUCCACUCAGUUUAAUCCACCGAUGAGAUUGAUAUGCGGACACGUUAUUUCCAGGGAUGCUCUUAACAAAUUAUGUAACGGAAAUAAGUUGAAAUGCCCAUACUGCCCGAUGGAACAAAGCCCUUCCGACGCGAGGCUAAUCUUUUUUUAAUGGCGCACCCGUUUCGUAAUUUACUACGUUGCAUAUAUUGUCCUGUUAUCAUUAUUAAUCGCAUUUUUACAUUAUUACCUUAUUUAAUUAUCCAGUGGUUUAUAUAUGUUUGGUUUGUGUUCUUUGUGAUCUCUUUUAACUAACUAUAGAAAAUAGAGUAAUCUUUUCAGA